GGUUCAGAACGCAAGAAUUUAUUAUAGGUCAGCGAUGCAAUCUAUUAAAUUCUUUUAGUGAGAAAAUUAUGAAUUUUCCAAUAUUUAUGUAUUAUACACUACUAAUCAGCGGCCAAUGGAAACUUGUUAAGAAUAAUAUGGACAUGGGAAAAGAACGCGUGCAACGAUGUGGUGAUAGAGCGCAAAGAAUCUUAUCCCCUCGUGACAUACAACAAAUAAAAGAUCUAUUCACGAAAAGAUAUACAGGAAAGUUGAGUUUUAUGGGAGAAUAUCCGAUAGGAUUAACUGCGUGUCAACUGGAUCCAUUGCCGCCUUUUCAAAAUAUGUAUGGCUGGGUUCCGGUUGCAGUUAGUCCAAAAGAUUUUAUUUCAUCAAUUAUGUGCGGUAGUUGUCUCAAAAUAAGUCCAAGAUAUGAAAUUAAACGAAGUAGGUUUUCUUAUGACGCUGACAAGACAUAUUUUGCGACUGUGGUCGACGAGUGUUUGCAUUGCAAUAUAGGAGAUAUACGAAUGUACAAGGAUGGGGACGGUAUACAUGAUGUCAUUUAUGAAGCAAUAGAAUGUCCGCCAUUAACCGGAUCCAAUGGAAUGUUAAGAGUUAAAAUAAGUAAUUGUGCGAAUAAAAACGGAAGAACUGAAAUUCAACUAAAAAAUACAAGGUUGCCUAUUGUUGCCAUAGAAUUGUUUCAAGACGAAGCUUGGAACUGUUUAGAUAGAACAUCAAACAACUUUUACCGUCUUCCAAACAAUAAUUUAAACUCGUUUCCUAUAAAGGCAAGAGCUACAUCCAUUACUGGCGAACUUCUAGGUUUUACAAUAGAAAACUCAACAGAACAGAUUAUUCCAGCACAGUUUUUGUCUAUGUAUUCAAUGAACCAAAAUUUCUCACCAAAGUUGAAAUGUUUUGUACCGCUUGAAGAGAAUUCUGAUCAAAUGCCAGAAGAUUUUCUUUCCAAUGUACCUACAUAUAAAAAUCCAAAUGAACGCAAAAAAAUUUUUAAGGGAUUAAAAAGCUUAAUUGGAAAGUUUGCUCAAACCAACCUUUCAACUGAAGCCGUACUUAAGUUAAUGGAAAAGAGUUCUUCUAAAGAAAUUGAAAUUCAAUCCGACAAAGAAAAAACAUCAAAUGAAAAUGAAACUUUUCCUCGCAAAAACUUUUCAACGUCAAGUACUAUUCUUUUAAAAGAAAUAAACCAGUCUCAUUUUAAAAAACACCCUUUAUUAAACUCCUCAUACUGCAGCCAUAGAAUAGACGGUCAAUACCCAUAUCCAGAUGAUUGUUAUUCCUUUGUCGUAUGCACCAAUGGCUCACCUAUAAUAAAAGUGUGUCCGGCAGGUUUAUUGUUUAAUUCAGAAGAAACUGUUUGUGAUUGGCCAGCUAAUGUAAAAUGUAUAGAAGGGGAAUUUGUAAAGAAAUUGCAACUUUUAAGCGACGAGGAUAUAUUUACUAAAAAAUUCUUUGGAAAAAAAUAAUAUUUAAAUUAAAACAACCCCCAGUUUUAAAAUCUUAAGGAACGUUUUACUCUGGUCUGAGUAAAUUUGUGCAAGUAGCAGUGUGCAAGUAGCAGUGAUAUGUUUUAUGAAGAUUUUGUUGUAGAUAUUGUAGCUGAGCAAUACUUAGCCAAACACAUUACAAAAAACUUCUGCUUUUAUUUUUAGCAUCUAAACUUCAUGAAAACCUAUUCCUCAAGAAACAAAUUUAAUCAAAAUUCAAAAACCUACAAAAACAAAUAUAUACAUCAUAAAUAUAAGGUAAAGAUCACGUAAAGAAUAAAUCAUUCAAAGAUUACGUAAAGAAUAAAUAGUUCAAAGACCAAAAAAUAUAUACGGUUGUUCAAGGCAAACAAAAUGAACUUAAAAUGCAAUUUAAAAAUGGUCAGUGUAAGAAAAAUUUAUAUCGCAGAAUAGUUUAUAUCAUUGCGCUGUAAUGAAAAUAUUUACAAGCAGCAACACAAUUUUUUUAAUUUUUUGAUAUUGUGGUAAAUGCUGUUUUUUUGUAAACGUUUUUAUACUAGUAUAAUUUAUUUUUUAUUAACUACUUAUCUAAGUUGUCCAUCUGAAUCUCUAAGAAAAGUUGUUUACAUAAGUUUUUUUUAUGUGUGUAAAAAAAUUAUUUUACUAUUAUUACUACUGUUUGUUUGUCUAAAAAUUACUUUUUGUAUCUGAGAUUUUUCCAAUUGAUUUUUUUACUUCAAACAUGAAUACAUUUGCAAAAAAUUUCAUAUUUUUUGGGCAAAUUUGUGUGACUUCUUUCGAAAAACAUUCAAAGAUCUUAGCAAAGACAUCUCAAAAUUUUAAAUAAAUAUUGUUCUAGUUUUUUGCAUUUUUACUCUUUUUAAGUAGAUAAAUCGAAAUAAAAUGAAUACCUGAAAUAAAAA